CUUAGGUUGGCAGCAUAUGGCGACAGCCGCUGGUACACAUUUCGGCCGCUAGGGGUCGUGGCUGCUUCGCGACAUUUUACAUUGUAUUGACUAGCUCAUCGUACGCUGUAAAUAUUGUUUUUUUUUCGUGUUUCCGUCGCCGUGUGUGAAUUGAAUGUGUGGUGAAGGUUUAUUGAGGUGUUUGUGUGUGUAUAUAAUGUGUUUUCCGACGAUAUGGUGAAGGAUUUAGUUAAAUACGGGGUCGUACGGCCGCCAUUCUCCAGGUAAAAUCUAUCCUAGGGUCGGCAAUGUCCGACCACCGGGGUUUUAGUUAUGUUUAAAUCAUGGAUCAAGAAGUAAAACAAAGGAAUAGACGCAGAAAACGCGCUCAGCGUAUGCAGGCACAGAGAGAAAAUAACCCCAAACAACGAGAUGGAGACAGCGCAGAUGAAGACAUUGUCAGAGAAAAGCCUCAACGGCCCCCUAACAGACGAAAAAAAUCUAAAGAGCCCCUCGUCGAGGAGGACAUCAUCGACGGAUUCGCGAUUCUUGGAUUUAAGACUUACGAUGACUUGGAGCUCGUCCUUAAAAUAUCUAGCAAGGAGAACAUCAAACGUUUGGUGGAGAUCGAGAGGCCGAAACUAGAGACGAAAGAACGCAUUACUCACCAUAUAUCGGUACAUAAUAAUCACGGCUUAACCUUGACGCACGACCUAGCCACGAGCGACGACAGCGGACGUGCGUCCGAAAGACUGACCGGUUCCUCAGUACCGCCACGUGAUGCUGACAGCUCCAGGGACAGACUCAGCGACGCGAGCAGCCGUUGCAGCUCUGGAAAAGGAUAUAUCUGUGAUAGCGAGGGCGAAGACGACAAGGGUUCUGAUGCCAGCUCGGUGAUAUUCGGCUCGGCCCCGGCCUCCAGGAAACAUGAAUUUCCGGGCGCCCUACCGCCCAGCCUGCCCCUCAGCAAUGGUUUGAACGGGUCUCCGGUGCCGGCGCCCACGCCGCCGAAUCUACCGGCACCGUCGCCAGCACCGGCUCAACUGCCCCCCGUUCAUCCGCCGGUAGCGAUAUCGUCAGCCACGGUGCCGGUGGCAUCCACGCCCACCCCAGUCACGACGACGGUGCCACACAAACCGCCGCAAGAUUCGAUACCUUGCAUGACGCCCACCUCAAUAACCAGCAUGCCGCCCGUCAGUAUACCAGUGACGAUGCCGCAACCGGCCGCCGCUCCGCUAGCGGUGCACCCGGCCGCCCUCGAUUCCUCGGCGGGUCCGGGGCAGGGAAUGCGCACGGAUAGUCCGGCGGUGGGCACGUCGGCGAACGCAGCCGCCGCGCCCGGUACCGGGGGCCAGCAGUACCAUCAGGUGCCGACCUACCAGCCGAUGUACGCGCCCUACUCGGUACAUCAGCCGUACGCCUCUACCGCCUCAGCGACGGCCGCCUCGGUACCGACCGCAGCGUCGGCCUCGGCGCCCAUCUCGUCGGCCGUCACGACGGUGGCGACCAGCGCAGCCACGACGAUGAGGAGGACGCCCACGCCCGUCCGGACGGAGCCGAGUCCCGGAAUCAAAGAACGAGAGAGUUACAGCAAUGUCAGCAGUUUAAGUAGAGGAAGCUCAACUCCCCAACAUCUACAGCACCAACCCCAACAGCAGCAUCAUCAUCAACAACAACAACAACAGCAGCAGCAGCAGCAACAACUACCCCCAAUGUCGCAACAGCAGCCGGUGCUGCCUCAGAGUUGUCCGCCUCCCACCACAGUGUCUUCUAGUCUAGUCCUUAGUAAACCCUGGAACGCAACAGCUCCAGUACCCACGGCGGCUGCGGUGGCCAUACCCGCCCCCCAGCCAAGCUCUGCCCCCUUGCCCCCUAGGCCCACGCCGCCGUUGCAUCCCGGUUUUCCGGCGCCCAUGUUCGCCGCUCCCCUGCCUCCAGUCUCCACUGCCAGCCCCCACGCCGCCCCGGUGCAGCCCACGUCUCAGCCCCCACAAAAUAACCCCUUCUCGGCGGAAAACUUAUUUCAAACGAAUCAAACCGAUAUGUUGAGGAGAGAAUUGGACAAUCGGUUUCUUGCCUCGCAAGAUCGAGCCAUGGGGGUGGCUCCCCCUCCGUACUUAAGAACAGAAAUGCAUCAGCACCAACAUCAUCAUACGCACGUGCACCAGCAUACGACGUCACUCUUACCCCCGCCCGCUGGAUCUGCUCUAUUUCCAUCUCCAUUGUCGAUGAAUCCGAUGAAUCGACUGGCUGGAAGACCCGGAAGUAGUUUCAAAGAUAUACCCAAACUUGGAGGAGUGGAAUCGCCCUUUUACAGGCAGAAUCUGGGAAUACCCAACUAUCCUGGAUAUACACCUCCUGGUUUAAUGCAUCCUGGAUUAACGGCGGGACCGACGCCUUUUGUCCCACCUACUCAUCUACCAACUUUCCAGCCCAAGUCAUUAACAGCUGAUCCGACCAAGCCUAAAGUUGUGAAAUCGGGCAAAUGGAACGCGAUGCACGUGCGCGUGGCCUGGGAGAUCUACCAUCACCAGCAGAAGAGCGGCGAGGCGAAGGGCUCGGCCGUGAAGACCGACCUGCUGAGGCCGCCUACCCAUCUCUUCUCGCCCAGCGUCCAUUCCAACAGGCCGCACGAACUGUCGUACCCGCCGUCGCUGUCCGGCCACAGACCGCCGCCAGGCUUCGACCAGCCGCACCCCAGCUCGCUGUUCGCGGCGCCACCCUCACAUCUGAUGGCCAAAUCUCCGUUUACAGGUAGCACCUUGUCGCCGUUCAGCAGAUACGGCACCGCGGGCUUUCCGGGGGCGAACCCGUCGCCCUUCGGACUGUCCCCGUUCGCCAGCACCAGGGACAUGGGACUGGGCGGUCUGCACGAUCCCUGGCGUAACCUCCAACGUUCCGUGGGCGGUUUUCCGCCCGCGGUGAACCCGCUACCGCCCACGUUGCCCGGUCUGCCGCCGCCCGCGCCUUGGACCAUGAAACCGGAUCCGAUCCUGGAGCAGAGAGAACGAGAGGCCAGAGAGAGGGAAGAAAGGGAACGGGAACGAUUGAGAAGGGAGAGAGAAGAGAGGGAAAGGAGGGAGAGGGAGGAGAAGCAGCGAAGAUUAGAGCAACAGCAACAGGAGCAACGCGAGCGCGAGCGAAGGGAGAAAGAGCGCAGAGAAAUGGAAAGGCGCGAGAUGGAACGCGAGCGCGAGCGAGAACGCGAACGCAUGCUGCACCAGCAACGCAUGGCGGAAUCCGCGAAGCAGGCGAUGCCGUCGGUGAUGCGCGAUCGAUCGCCCCACAGGAGCGUCCAAGAACUAUCCGGCGAGAUUCGGGUGAAGGAAGAGCCGCGCAUCAAGGAGGAGGACAUGCUGAGCAGGACGGCCCCCGAUCCGAGAUACGCGCCGCACUCGUACCUGAGGCAUCAUCCGUUGCAACCGCCGCCGCCUCCAAGUAUGCUCGAUCGUUCCAGGAUGAUGCAGACGCACGGUUUGCACUAUCCGGGCCCGCCGGCGACCCAUUGGCCCCCUCAGCACGAUCCGUUCUACAGGUACGACGCCCUCAGGUACAACCCGCUGAUGGACGCCAUAAGGGCUGAAGAGGAAAGGGCGAAACUGUUCGGUACUUACGCUGCCCACCAUCCGCCCCAGAUGCGGACGAAGGACCCGUCGCUGAUGCAUCUGAGACCGGGUCCCGGACCGCCGCCGCCUCCCUCGCAUCAUCUAUCCCAUAAGAUGAGCGUCACCCCACCCACCGAUCUGCACAAAAAAGAGGAGCCUCGAUAGCGAAACGAGAACGUCUAGAAUGGUUUAAAGCGAGGGAUUUUCUAGCCAGGAAAUCAAGUCAGGAUCCCAGUGCGUCGGACGCGUACUUGUCAUUUGAUCAUCUGUCGCUUGUCAACUCAUGAAAGUGUCAUUUUUGAUUCACCUAACCUCCAAGAUCGAAAUUAAUCUAAUACUGGUAUGAACGAGAAUUAACUAAACCUUUCUUCCAUCCCGAACCACAUUAUUACUUCAUUUGACAAGGACCGUCCUUAAAAGAUUACACUUAUUUUAUCUGAUCUCAUUGGAUUGGCGUAAUGAAGAAAGUGAAGGGAUUAUCAACGUGAAAGAUAUUUUUACAGUGGUUUUGUAUAUGUGUUUUGUAGCGUAAUACAAAAUUUCUCCUCACAAAGUUCAUUUGAGAUCAUAGUAUGUGCUUGUGAAGAGACAUUUGAAUGAACCUCAAAUUAACAGUUGUUUUUUGUUUGAAUCUCCGUUGGCGGUAUUUUUAUACACGAGAGGUUGCAUUUGGUGAUUUUUUAUUUUCCGACAGUCUGUUGUAAUCAAAAAUAACUUGAUACUGCCCGACAUUCGUUGUAAAUAAGAGCGCUUCUUACGGCAACACUUAAAUUAACAUUUGAAUUCGUAGGACACUAAUGAUGAUUCUUCGAGUUUUAUUUAUUGAUUGUAUAUUUUUCUAGAUAAUUUAUUUAAGACUGAUGAAAUUCCAUUCUCCUGUAGCUUUUUAUAAUUUAAAUUAAAGCUGAAGAUAUCACUUCAGUAUGGAAGAACUUGUCUUAUUUGAAAAAGUUUCUGUUAACAAACAUAUCUUGAAUCUCUCCCAAUUUUCUGUUUCAUGAAGAACAUUUCAGUUAUUCAUUGAAAUUUUUCGAAUUGAACGGAAGCUUAUUUGGUAGCUAUGAAAAUUCAACAUUUUUCAAAUCGCAAGUUCCACACCGUCAUCCCUAGGUUGAUAGUAUUUUUCGAUGAAAUUGAAGUAUUUGCCGCUGUAUUGUGUAUAAAACCAACUUGAAUCGUAACUUUUCGAAUAACUUGUAAAUAGCUUCAUUAUAUUGUGAUAUAUAUUAGUUAGCUUAGUGUGAGAUAUUUCAAUACGUAUAUACAUAAAUUAGGUAAUAUCUUUAGACAAAUAUAAUUUUGUUAUUUCGUUCAUAAUUUGUUUUCAGUAUUAGGAUCUCUGUAAAUUUCACGAUUUUAGGUGUUCAUCUAGGAAUUAAAUCUUCACUUCAUUCUAUUCAGUGCCAAAUUUAUGUUUGUUGAAACCAAAUUGUAAAUAGAGUGAGGACCAAUACUCAAUUGGCCACUGCAUAAAGAUGAUGAUGGAUUCUUAAUUCUAACAUAAUUUAUUAUGGAAAAAUUUUCGGCUUCGUAAAUUAUUUAAAUGUAAAUAUAAUUUAACUGUUGUAUAUUGUAAAGCUAUAAAAAAAGAGUAUUUUGGAGCUUGGUUGUAUAAUUGGUUGAGGCAACAUUGUAUAAUUAUGUAAUCUGAAACAUUUUUUUUAUUAUUGGUGGAGAUACAGUGGCAGUUACUUAAUUUCCAACCUGAAUUUUCAUCAUAACAAGCUUGUCUGUAAUAUAUAUUCGUAUUCAAAUGCGUGUAGAUAUUGGCCUUGUCUAAGUACAAUUGAAUAUGUAGAUAACUAUUUGUGCUCUAUCCAUGUUUGUUAGAAGACAUUUUUUAUGUGUAUGAUUCUGAAAGAAUCACAGUGAUGUAAUAUAUAAAUAAAACAUUGUUUCUAUAAUCUAGAAACAUUAGUCAUAA